CGCGAAAACAAGAAUUGAAACAAYGAUGAACUCUAGAAUCUUCCUCUCGACUUCCAAGGCUUCGUUCUUUUUGAUAAUUUUACUAAUUACAAGUGCAUACACGUCUACCGUGGCAUCAUCAUCAGUUUCAAAGCUUUCUUCCCUUCGUGGAAGUGCCAAUUCCAUCUCCAUUUCGAGCGGCACUACCAACAGAGAGGGUGAGUUUAUCAGCAGUCAGUUUGCACUCAAUCUCUACUCGUCCGCAAUGGAAACCGCUCGCAACCUUUUAUCGGCCUGCGGUUCGGACAACAACGUUUUCGAUAAGGAGGGCGAAAAGAAGGAGUUUCCAUUUUCACCAAAAUGCGAAGAGUACGCCCCAAUGAAAUGCAAGAGGCGGGAAAACGGCAAGGUUAUAGAACAGAAUGCCUUCACGAAUUCGUGUUUAGCCAAGGCCGAAGGAUGGGACGUGGCCAAAGAAUGUAAAGUCCUCACCAAGUGUGCUUUGAAAAAAAAGAAAGAAUUCUCGUGCAAUGGCAAAACGUUUUACAACCGAUGCAUUGCCAAGAGAUCCGGUCAGUGCGACAUUGCUCUAUGAUGAAUACAUCAAUCACAUCACAACGUAGUAUGAUGCAAUCAACGAUCGCGUGGAUUAGAUCGCCAAUUUGACGGGAUGCAAUUUCUCCACCGGGGCGGAGAAGCAAAUAAGCCGCUACGCAUAGU